AUGACAAGACCUUCCGAUUUAUUACCUGACUGGCUAAUCAAUGACCAAAACGUGAAUGGAACUAUUAUUCCCGAUCGUAUUCACAUAAGCCCAUUAAACGAUGGGUUUACUCCAUCAGGCUGUAACGGUCGUUCUGGAAAAAUCAUACGUGAUUUUCCACGAGACCAUCCUGGAAUUUGUACAAUCAUUGAUAUAGCAGUAUCAAAAGAGACUGCUGAUCUAUUGUAUGCUAGUGCUGUGAAAGCAACAGUGUGGGGCGUGUACGUGUCCAUGUCUGAAUGUAUACAACAUAUGAACAGUCACAAUCGAAUUGAAAGGGUGUCGGACUUUGAUGAAACACUAGAACCCGAUGCUUAUCGUCAUGCUUUAGCUCGACAAACUGUACAGGAAUUUCUACUUGAAAAGACUGGACAAUGGAUUACCCAGAAUGAUUGGGAACGUACGCAUGGUGUUGCUGUAUGGGUGAUUUCAUCCGACUGUAAUGAUGAGACGAAAUACCAUUUAGAUUAUGCUGAACAGGUCCGAUACGAGUCAAACGUAGUUUUCCCUCCGAUUUACGGUGCCACGUUGCACGUGAGUCGACUACAUAGUGACAUUAGUGAUGAGAUUGUCACUGAUGAAGGACAGAAGACGAGUUUAAUGGAAGGUGGAAACUUUCACGUGAACCUUACAGGCUUGCAACACUAUGACAAAUAUGGCUACAAGACGCGUAAACAGCCACAUCGACUGACUACAGACGAGCUCGAGCAACAGAGUGAGACGGAGGUAGGAUGGAAACAAGUGUCGUAUCAGUAUCGACGAGGAAUCUUGUGUGACGGAGAGCUUCCGCACUUUAGUGGACGUGUACGCUCACUCCCGGCUGCAGCAUCACCUUUGAAGCUUCCUAUGAAACGCGUGGUGGUAGGUUUCAAUCUGUUCCCGAGCGAGAUCGGUGCGUGCGUGGCAAAGUUCCCGGAACAUAGUAGCGCGUUCAACCGCUACGUGAAGCUAUCCCAAGCCGCUGUAAAGCAGACGAACAAAGGCGGAUGGACACUGGCCAGUGUGCGUGCCAACCCGAAGCAAGCGGCAUUUUUGAAGCUUUUAGCACGAAAGGUGCGCGAACACGAAAAGCAAAAGCAGAAAGCUGCAGCAACUGUAUCGAUCACAUCAAAGUCUUAG